UUUCUCUACACGCAUCAUGAGAUUGCUGCAGUUCAGAUAGAUAACAAGCGCUGACGAUUUUUAGAUAUUUAAACAUGGAAUUUUAUGGAAUUUCUAUUUCUGUCAUCUGCAGUGUUCUUUUCACAGCUUUAUUGAUCAAUGGUCAAACAGCAGACGAAUGUGGAGGUUACGCCGCCGAUGUCAUGUUUCUAUUAGAUACAUCUUCCAGCAUAGAAAUAGACGACUUCCGGAAACAACUACAGUUCACCCAAGAUGUCGUCAAGAUAUUUGAUAUUGGACGUGAACGUACGAAAGUUGGCGUAGCCUUGUUCAGUGACACGGUAUACCCGCAAUUUGACUUAAAUGCAUACAAUAGUAAAGGCCAUAUAGUCGACCGAAUUGGCAAAAUAGGUUACCGUGGUGGACGUACCAAUACAGCCGAGGCCCUUUCGUUUCUUCGCACGAAAGUCUUCACUCAAGAUCAAGUGAGGCAAGGCGUUCCCAGGAUAGCCAUUGUACUAACUGAUGGCCUUUCAAAUUACCCGGAUGAAACAGUGAGAGAAAGUAAAGAAUUGCACCUUAAUGGUAUUACGGUAUUCGUUAUCGGUAUCGGUAAUCAAACGGACACUAACGAACUCAAGGCCAUUGCUUCUAAUCCAGAUUCAGAAUACGCGUUUCAUGUGAACAAUUUCGAUGCUUUGUAUUCAGUCAAGAAAACUUUAGCAGUUAAAACAUGCAAAGUGGAAUUUAUAGAACCAGUGAUACAGCAAGAUAUACUGGAUACUGAUAAAUUUUUCCCUGGUCGACUACCGUGUACCAUCAGUAUAGUCUAUGGAGCAGACGUCAGAAGUGCUAGUACCAGAACUACCAGGCAGAUCAUGUCAUUCUUUACCUUGUUAAACGACCGGCUGCAGGAUGAUUUAUACAAGGUUCGGUCAGCACAGGUCAUCAACAACUGCCCUACUUCACGUAGAUAUGUGCCUACACCAAGAAAAGGAAAAAAUUACGCCACCUUGCUUCUUAAUAUGCGUCAAGCCUCGCCAGCAUCCUUACCAGCGAUAAAGAACCCCGGCAAAGCCAUGAGUAUUCUGUUAGUUGACACAAGUAUCGCUGAUCUAGCCAGUUCCAGUAAAGAGGUUUUGAGGGCACGCUUUAAACGUAUCGAUACAUUCGUGGUGGUCGUUGGAACAGAAGCUAGCCGUGGUGUGUUAGAAAGGUUGUUAAGAUUUAGAGUUCAUACUGCCAGUUUCGGCCAACAUGUUUUUGCGGUAGAUAAUUAUGAUAAGCUAGAAGCAGCCAUCUCACCUCUAUUGGGAUACAUCAAGAAAUUGAAGUGUAGUUAAGCGUGAAACAAUUUCUGACUAUAGACAUUUGUAGAUAGAUUAUGUAUUGUAAUAUGUGUUGAUCCUCUUAAGAACCCUCUUCCCGGCCAUGCUAAUAUUAUAAUUGUAGAGCCUUUCUAAAAGCAUGCGCCUCACAUUGUUUCCGCUUAUACUCUCUACCCUGUUGGACCAUCGUUUUAUGACGCUACACUCUCUAUAUGGACCAUCGUUUUAUGACGCUAUAUUCUCUACCCUGUUGUACCAUUGUUUUAUAACGCUAUAUAUACUAUCUACCCUGUUGUACCAUCGUUUUAUAACGCUAUACUCUUUACCCUGUUGUACCAUCGUUUUAUAACGCUAUACUAUCUACCCUGUUGAAAUAAAAUUGAACCAUAUGUUAGUCCCGAAAUGACCUAGUUUGUGUCGAGAGGUUAAACACUCUAUCCUGUUGUACCAUGUAUAUAUUGUUGUCCAAGAUGACUUAUAAGAAUACUUUAUGAGACUAAUGAAUAAAAAACGACAACGUAUUAAUUGAAAGUUGAUUAUAUGGAAACGAGCUUUAAUAGUAAGUGUGUGUGUGUGUGGGGGGGGGGGGGGUACCAUACAUAAAAACCAAAUAAAAUAGAUCGCAGUAGCACAAAGCAGCGGACAAGAUAAAAAAAAAACCACUAAACACACGGACUGUUGGAAACAUUGGUUGUAUUUAUGGGAUAUAUUUAACGUCGAUUUCGAUCUAUUAUCAAACGCAUAAAGAGUUUCAAAUAAUAUAUCGUUUCUUUGUAUACUUUGCUGACUAAUCAAAUACAACACUUAAUAGCACUGAUAACGUAAAGAAAGGGCGAGGGAGGUGUCAGGGGCACUAAAUGGUGGGGGUUGGGGCGAAACUUGUCUACUGCUUUGAAAAGUAAUUAUUUUUCUGUCGGGGAAAUGAAAUGGGGUUCAACGUCUUACUGUUCUGCUCAAACUCUAGGCUAUGGCUCACUCUUAUAUCGAAUUCCAACUGCCAAUGGAUCUUUUACGUGCACGCCAAUGUGUACACGGGACCUCAGUUUUUUCGUACAAUCCGAUUGACUAUACGUUGUCCCUUGCCAGGCUCUCUGUCCUGCACCACACCGGAAAUCCCGUGGCCCAUUUUUCUGUUAGGACAGUAGAAGGACGUCUGACAUGAACAUUUUCCCACAUUGGUUUAACAAUUUAAGUAUUGUAGCCGAAGCAUUUAGUGCUACUAGAUAUGUCGCCUUGGGUUUGGGAUUUGGUGUGAAACACGUAACAAACUGGCCUUUGGUAUUAAUAAUUAAUAACAGAUUCAGGAAUUGGUGAUACAUGGACGAGGUUUGGAGCGAUUAACCUAAUACGUUCAUAUAUACAUUAACGCUGAAUGAAAAAUAUACGGUUUAAACACCCAUGUCUUGAUUGAGAAUACAAAUGAAUCAUCAUGGCUAUGAGCUCGGAUUGUUAACUUAAAUAUGCGGGUCUAAAAUGCUGCCAUUGCUCAAGGAAAGCGAAAAAACCCACGAGCUUGUCACGUACAACCAGGGAAUCGAAACCACGCCAGCUGACUCAAUGACAGACCUUAUGAUACAGCGCGCACGUGCUAACCAAUCGGCCAUCCAACCCCCCAACCCCCAAAAUGACAGAAUCUUACGUGUCUGAUGUAAUAUAAUUCGAAAUAAUUAUGUACAAUUGGGAAUGCUUGUAUAUUUUACAUGUUGUGCGAAGCCACAGUAAACGAAAUUAAAUACCAAAAUAUCUAAUUCUCUUUGAAGAGAAUUGUCGACCAUUUUGAUUGUUUCCCUUUAUUUUUUAAGAUUGGCCAAAUAAAGUGCCCGAAAUCUAACAAAACACUAAUUUUACUUUUCUUUUAAUUGAAUACCACGAAUUUGUACUGAAUUGACUAUGGAUUAAAACAUUUUGUCUGGAA